CACAGCUUAUUCCACCCUAAAAGAACCAUUCUAAAAACAUCAUCAUGGUUAAGGGCUCGUUCACAGAUGAGAGUUUUUGGAGCGUUGAGAUCGAUAGGUUAUGGAAAGCACGCAUAAUUGAUGGACAUAACUUGCUGCCAAAGCUUUUGCCUGACUUCAUUUCACAUGUGAAGAUUAUUGAAGGAGAUGGCGGAAUUGGCACCGUAAGACAACUCAACUUCAAUAAAGGUAAAAAUGAAUACGACUUCGUUAUGGAAAAGAUUGUGGCGCUCGAUAGCGAUUGUUACCGAACAAAAGAGACUGUCAUCAAAGGGGGGCUUAUCGGGUCGAGAAUGAUUUCUUACUCUCUUGAGCACAAAUUUGAGAAAGUGAGCGAGCACAACACCAGGGUGAAACUUACAGUGGAGUAUGAAUCUUUUGAUGAAAAGCCUCUUAGUGUUGAGGAGCAAAACCUGCUUGUAGUAAAGCUGACUGGGGUGAUGAAGGCUAUUGAAGGGUAUCUCCAUACCCAUCCGACAGCUUAUGUCUGACUUCUAUAAUAAAUAUCUAUUAAUAUGUAUGCGCAAUUAUAUGCUUUUGCAGCUUGUGAGAUCUGUCACUGGUAGUUGUUCGGUGCUUGUUGAGUUACUUCGUUAUGAUUCUAAGAGGAUAUGUCAUACUUUCCUCUUUGUUUGUGAAAUGAAAUGAGGGCUU